GUUCAUUCACUCAGUCCGUCUCCGCGAGCCGUGGUGAGUGCACGUGCGUUCGACGAGAUUGUAUACGAAACGCCGAUAUUAUUGUUGCAAACAUUCGCUCAGCUGAUCAGUGAACAAUAUAACCCUAUUCGGUUACAAAUCCAACCCAAUACUCGUUUGUGGCGAUCUUGUGCUCGCGUGUGUUGACUAAAACCGGCCGACUAUCGAAAAUAUCUCCAGUCGAAUGUAAAAAUAUAGCGUCACAAGAAACGUUCCGCGUGUGACUGAUCGAUAUUUUAAAUGAUAACAUGGAUUCAAUUAGGUGUUGUUUGAGAAGACGGUGAGAUACAGUGCCAAGUUUGUUUUGUGGUGUGGAUUCGCUGGUUGCUUCCGACGAUGCGGCAAGCGUAGCCAGCAAGAUGUGGGUGUGGGCGCUGCUGGUGGUGGCGGUGGCGGGCGCGCGCGCCGCUCAGCCUCGCUGCGAGGAAAUCACCAUCCCCAUGUGUCGCGGCAUCGGCUACAACAUGACCUCCUUCCCCAACGCGCUCGACCACGACACGCAGGACGAGGCCGGCCUUGAGGUGCACCAGUACUGGCCGCUCGUGGAGAUCAAGUGCUCGGCCGACCUGAAGUUCUUCCUGUGCUCCGUGUACACGCCGAUCUGCAUCGAGGAGUACGAGAAGCCGCUGCCGGCGUGCCGCAGCGUGUGCGAGCGCGCGCGCGAGGGCUGCGCGCCGCUCAUGCGCAAGUACGGCUUCCAGUGGCCCGAGCGCAUGGCCUGCGAGCGCCUGCCCAAGAUGGGCGACGCCGAGCACCUGUGCAUGGAGGAGCCCGACCGCGAGCCCGAGCCCGAGCCGCCCAAGCCGCCGCGCCGGCCGCACGCGCGCUGCAAGGAUCCAAAAAACUGCCCCAGCGGCGCCGGCACCGCGGCCGCGGACGCCGCCUGCGCCUGCGCCUGCCGGCCGCCGCUGCAGCCGCUGGGCGCGCGCGCCAACCGCAGCGCCGCCGGCCUGCCCGCCUGCGCGCUGCCGUGCCGCGGCGCCUUCUACUCGCGCGAGGAGAAGCACUUCGCCGCCGUGUGGGUCGCGCUGUGGAGCGGCCUGUGCGCCGCCUCCACGCUCAUGACGCUCACCACGUUCCUGAUCGACUCGCAGCGCUUCAAGUACCCCGAGCGGCCCAUCGUGUACCUGUCCGCGUGCUACUUCAUGGUGGCGCUGGGCUACCUGGCGCGCCUGGCGCUCGGCCACGACGAGGUGGCGUGUGACGGCGCGCUGCUCAAGACGUCGGCCAGCGGCCCCAGCGCCUGCACGCUCGUGUUCAUCCUGGUGUACUUCUUCGGCAUGGCGUCGUCCAUCUGGUGGGUGGUGCUGUCGUUCGCGUGGUUCCUGGCCGCCGGGCUCAAGUGGGGCAACGAGGCGAUCGCGGGCCACGCGCAGUACUACCACCUGGCCGCGUGGCUCGUGCCGGCCGCCAAGACCGUGGCCGUGCUGCUGGCGGGCGCCGUGGACGGCGACCCGGUGGCCGGCAUCUGCUACGUCGGCAACUCGUCGCCCGAGAACCUCAAGCGCUACGUGCUCGCGCCGCUCAUCGUGUACUUCGCGCUCGGGGCCACGUUCCUGCUGGCCGGGUUCGUGUCGCUGUUCCGCAUCCGCUCCGUGAUCAAGCGGCAGGGCGGCAUCGGCGCCGGCUCCAAGGCGGACAAGCUCGAGAAGCUGAUGAUCCGCAUCGGCGUGUUCAGCGUGCUGUACGCGGUGCCGGCGGGGGUGGUGAUCGGCUGCCUGGCGUACGAGGCGGGCGGCCACGAGGACUGGCUGCGGCGCGUGGCGUGCGGGCCGGAGUGCGGCGGGCGGCCGCUGUACUCGGCGCUGAUGCUGAAGUACUUCAUGGCGCUGGCGGUGGGCAUCACGUCGGGCGUGUGGAUCUGGUCGGGCAAGACGCUGGAGUCGUGGCGGCGCGUGUGGCGGGGCGCGCGGCCGCCGCCGCCGCACCACCGCGCGCUCGUGAAGGGCGCCGUGUGA